AUGGCAUCGCUUUCGCCGAAGUCACCGGAGCAGAAUGAAAAAUCUAAACAGUACGACCGGCAACUCCGACUAUGGGGCGAUCAUGGGCAAACGGCAUUGGAAAAUGGUCAUAUUUGCUUAAUCAACGCAACUGCUCUAGGCACUGAAGUUCUCAAAUCCAUAGUCCUUCCUGGAAUUGGUGCCAUAACCAUUGUUGAUGAAAACAAUGUCAGCGAUGAAGAUAUAGGAAGUAACUUCUUUCUAGAAACUACAAGUAAAGGUCUCAAUAGGGGCUCUGAAACCUUAAGGUUAUUACUAGAGCUUAAUGAUGCAGUACAGGGUCACUCAGUACAGGAACCACCUGAUCAAAUCUUACAGGAGAACCCUGACUUCUUUAAAUCAUUCAGUGUUGUAAUUGGAACUUCUUUGAAUGAGAAGUUAAUUAAAGAUUUAUCACAAUAUUUAUGGGAUUUAAAUAAACCUUUUAUACUCUGUAGAUCUGUUGGGUUUUUGGGUUCUUUCAGAAUUCAAUUUAGAGAACAUUCUAUUAUUGAAACUCACCCAGAGAAUGAAAAAGUGGACCUCCGUUUAGAUGUUCCAUUUACUGGUUUAUCAGACUAUUUUGACAGUAUAGUUAUCAGCACACUAGAACUAAAAGACCAUGGUCACAUUCCAUGGAUUGUUAUUUUGUAUAAAGCAGUACAGAAGUGGCAAACAACAAAUCUUAAUAGAUGGCCAAUGAGUAGAAAAGAAAAGAAUGAAAUCAAAGAUAUAAUACAGCAAUUUAUAAGGAGUGAUGAAAAUGGAGUGCCCAUAAAUGAAGAAAACUUUGAAGAAGCUAUUAGAGCAGUAAAUACUGCUUUACUGCCUACUUUUUUACCAGUAAAAGUUCAAGAUCUCAUUUACAGCAGUGCAGCAAUAAAUUUAACAAAAGAAAGCAAUCCAUUCUGGAUAAUGUGUUCAGCACUGCGGGCUUUUGUUGAGGCUGAAGGGAAGGGGAAUUUGCCAUUGAGGGGCGUUUUGCCUGACAUGACAGCCUCAACAGAGCACUAUGUAAAGCUUCAAAACAUCUAUCGCAAUCAAGCAUCAGUUGAUGCCGAGAUAGUCUACAGGAAAGUGCAACAAAUUGUCUCACAAUUACAAUGUGAUAGCAUCAGUGAAACUGAAGUAAAGCUAUUUUGCAGACAUGCACAUGAUUUGCACUUGAUAAUAGGAUCUAAUAUUGCAUUAGAAUACCAAACAGGAAGCCCUGUAGCUUCUUAUAUAGCAAGGCAUUUAGAAGAACCAGAUGUGAUGAUGGUACAUUAUAUACUUCUGCGAGCAGCAGAUAUGUUCAAAUCGGAACAUUGCCGUGCCCCUGGAGAAUGGGAGCCAGAGAGUGACAUAGCUAAAUUGAAAAACUGUGUCUCUAAAAUUCUGAGUGAUGUGUCAUGUUCACCAUUUCCUAAAGAUGACCACAUUCAUGAAAUGUGUCGGUAUGGAGGAGCAGAGAUUCACAGUGUGUCUGCCUUUGUUGGUGGAUGUGUAGCUCACGAAGCUAUUAAAUUAAUCACUAAGCAAUAUAACCCUGUUAACAAUACUUUUAUUUAUGAUGGAGCCUCAACUAAUUCUGCUACAUUCACAUUCUAA